CACACCAAAGAAGGCUUCCACCCGCACGUGAAGGCUGCAUGCCAGGUCCAGAAAGCAGACACAGUGAGCUUUAAUGUUGCUAAGGUCAUCGUCGUGGGUGAUGUUGCAGUUGGCAAAACGUGUCUGAUCAGCAGGUUCUGUAAGGGUGCGUUUGAGAAGAACUACAAAGCGACUAUAGGGGUGGAUUUUGAGAUGGAGCGCUUUGAGGUGCUUGAUGUUCCCUUCAGUUUACAGCUGUGGGAUACAGCAGGUCAGGAGCGCUUCAAGUGUAUCGCUUCCACCUAUUACAGAGGAGCACAAGCCAUUAUUGUCGUGUUUGACUUAAGCAGUGUGGGCUCACUGGCUCAUGCCAGGCAGUGGCUGGAAGAUGCUAUGAAGGAAAAUGACCCGUCCAGUGUCUUAUUGUUCCUUGUCGGUACCAAGAAGGACCUCAGUUCUCCUGACCUGUUGGCUCAGAUUGAGCAGGAAGCCAUGAGGCUCUCUGAGGAAAUCAAAGCAGAGUACUGGGCCGUGUCUGCAAAGUCAGGAGAUGGUGUGAAGGACUUCUUCUUCCGUGUGGCUUCUUUGACUUUUGAGGCCAAUGUUUUAUCUGAGCUGGAGAGGAGCGGGUCGAGGCAUGUUGGUGACAUAAUCAGGAUCACAGACAGCACAGAGACCAGCCAUAAACCAAAGAAGAAGCCCAACUGCUGCUGAGAUUGGAUGAAUAUCUGCUGGAAAUUUUCUGAAGCAAAACGAAAUGGGACGUGCAACAGGAAAAUUAAGAUAAAAUGCGAACUGUACGGCUCGCUGUGAAUAUCAUGAGUAGAACCCAUGAAAGAAAGGUCACAGUGCUGAUAAUAACCUGAGAAGGAUUCAGCAAUAGGUCAAGAUGUAAAUUCUAAGUGGUUCCUGUAAACAGGCCUGUCAGCUGACUGAUCUGAGCAGUGUAAUCUCAGGAAUGUUUACAGCUGACUGCGGCGACAACAAACAGGCCAUUGUGAUGUCCCUGAUUAUGUAAACGUUUAUGAGAAGAGGAAGAUUAUUCUCCACUACAACCACCAUUAAAUUGCACUUUGUUGAUGCCUUUAAAA